AUGGCGACUCCAGGACCAGGUAUGCGGUCCACCCGGAAACUGCGGCAGUGGACUGUGGAACAAGUAGAGAGUGGGAAGUUCCGUGGGUUGGUGUGGGACGAUCCUCCGGCGAAGACGAUGUUCCGCAUCCCCUGGAAACACGCUGGGAAACAGGAGUUUCGCCAUGACGAGGAUGCUGCUUUCUUCAAGGCUUGGGCCAUCUUUAAAGGAAAGUACCACCCAGGGGAACGCUUCGAUUCUGCCGCCUGCAAGACCCGUAUCCGCUGCGCCUUGUCUAAGAGCCCGGAGUUUGAGGAGGUGCGGUCGCGCUCCAGGCUGGAUAUCACAGAACCCUACAAGGUGUAUCGGCUGGUCCCGCUGCCUGAGCAGCCUACCGGAAAGUCAUCCAAGAAGUCCAGGAAGAUGAAGAUGGAAGGCUCCAGUGGGACCUCAGAGGAGAGGGCAGGAAGCCCCCCUACAAGUGUCCCUCUGAUGCCCCACUCCCUUUUACUGUCAAAUACGGAUGGAAGCUCCACGUCAGAGGCCACAGCUAGCCUUUCUCUGGACGCAGCCGCUAAUUUAACCUUCCAACAAGAGGAGCUCAGUCCUCAGCCCAGUGAACCAGCUUCUGACGUGACUGAGAUUGACCUCCAUUUGACAGCCAAGAUUGUGCCGGCGGAGAUGCCUCUGGUGAUGAGAAUCGCUGAGUUCUCCAUUCAGAUGUCCGUCUUCUACAGCGGUGUGCUGGUUCAGAGUGUCUGGCUCCCGCAAGGCGACUUUCUGAUCACGUCUGACUCGACGCCACCAGGAGCGCCGUGUAACAGGAUGCGCCGUGUGGUGCUGCCAUGUGCAGACAGGAUGGAGAAUCCCCAAAAGCAGAAAGCCACCCUCCAAUUGUUGAAGGAUCUGGAAAAGGGAGUGAUGAUUGACAGUAACCGGGAAGGGAUAGUCAUCCAGUGCCAAAGAAGGUGUAAAGCCAACAUCUGUUGGCAGGGCCUCACGGAAUCCCAGGCCGGCGGGAAGCUGGACAGCGGCCUCUUCCUUCACGUGUUCAGCACCAAGGCGUUUCAGUCAGCUUGGGACCAGUACCAGCUUGGCUUUGCUCCCAAGCCUGAACACCAAGUUACGCUAUGUAUAGGAGAAGAACUGGAAGGAACUGACAGUUUGAGUGAGAAGCUCAUCAUCAUUCAGAUGGCACAGAACUUUGCUGCUCGGAUGACCAAGGUAAAAGAGAAGCCUAACCAGGAUCCCUUCUCGUUACCUUUUGCAUUUCCGCACUCCUCAGCCUGA